AUGGGGAGUGGUGAAGAGAACUCACUGUUUGAGACUAGCAAAGACAGAGCAAGGCACAUUCGUAGGGUCUAUGCUGUCUCUAUGUUUGUAGCUAUAUGCUUCGUCUGGACAUUCAGAUUGAAGCACGUACCAGCAAAAGGGGAACCAGGGCAAUGGGCUUGGCUUGGUUUGUUUGCUGCAGAACUGUGCUCUGGCAUCUAUUGGGUCUUCUAUCAAACCCUCCGCUGGAACAUGGUCUACAGAAAAACCUUCCCCGACAGACUCUCCCAGAGAUAUGAAAGUAAGUUGCCGGGAGUGGACAUAUUUGUGUUUACGGCAGAUCCAGUGGUUGAGCCACCCGUGAUGGUGAUAAAUACUGUCUUAUCUGCGAUGGCUUACGACUAUCCAACUGAGAAGCUGAGUGUGUAUCUCUCAGAUGAUGCUGCCUCAGAUGUAACUUUUUAUGCUCUUUUGGAGGCUUCUAACUUUGCCAAGCAUUGGGUGCCAUUCUGCAAGAGAUUUAAGCUCGAACCGAGGUCACCUUCUGCCUUUUUUAACACCCUUCUCUCAACAAAAUCACACGACCAUGACUAUGUCAAGCACUUGGCAACCAUCCAGAAAUUAUACGAAGAAAUGAAAAGGCGAAUAGAAGAUGCAACCAAGUUAGGAGUACCCAGUGAAGCACGGUCAAAGCAUAAUGGAUUUUCCCAAUGGGAUUCGUACUCCUCUCGACGUGAUCACGACACUAUCCUUCAAAUACUGGUGCAUAAAAACGAGUCGCAAAACUCGAAGGAUGUAGAAGGAUGCAUUUUGCCAACCCUAGUUUACGUGGCUCGCGAGAAGAGACCUCAAUAUCACACCCACUACAAAGCCGGAGCUGUAAAUUCAUUGCUAAGAGUGUCUUCAAAGAUUAGCAAAGGGAAAAUUAUUCUAUUUCUCGAUUGUGACAUGUACUCAACCAAUUCGCAAUCAGUGAGAGAAGUUCUAUGUUUUUUCAUGGAUGAAGAUAAAGGCCAAAAGAUUGCAUAUGUGCAAUGUCCACAAUAUUUUCAUAAUAUUGGUAAAAAUGAUCUAUACGCGAAUGCUGUAUCAGAAACUUUGCAGAUACACCUCCAUGGUGAAGAUGGUUUGGGUGGCUCUUUGUUUAUUGGAACUUGUUGCUUUCUUAGAAGAGAUGCUUUUUGUGGGAAGAAGUUUAGUCCUGAAUGGGAAAAUGAUUGGAAUGAUGAGAACGAGAAACAUCAGUUGAGUGAAGUAAAGUUGCAUGAACUCGAAGAAGAAUCGAAGGCUUUAGCAAGUUGCACCUACGAAAAAAAUACUUUAUGGGGAAAGAAGAUUGGUUCAGUAUAUGGAUGUCUUGUGGAGGAUGUGAUAACAGGGUUUCGGAUACAAUCACAAGGAUGGAGAUCAGUGUGCUACAACCCUCCGAGAAAGUGUUUUAUAGGUGUUGCACCAACUAACUUGCUUCAAACACUGGUUCAACAUAAGAGAUGGGUUCAAGGUGACAUGCAAAUCUUGUUAUCUGAGUACAGACCUACAUGCUUUGGUGAUAGAAAGAUCAAUUUCCUCCAACUAUUGGCAUAUCUGUACACUGUCUGUUUUUCAAUCAUUUCCUUGCCAAUGCUAUAUUACUCCAUCAUCCCUUCACUUUAUCUCCUCAAGGGCAUUUCCUUGUUUCCAGAGAUGUCUAGCUCAUGGUUCAUACCUUUCGCAUGUGUAAUUGUUGGGAAUACUACUUAUAGUUUGAUCGAGGGUUUGAGUAUCGGAGCAUCAAUCAGAGGUUGGUGGAAUGCUAUGAGAAUGUGGUUGUACUUGAGAACAAGUGCCUUUUUCUUUGCCUUCAUAGACGCCAUCUUCGAACACUUUGGACGUGCAAAUUCAUCCUUUGUAGUCACAGCAAAGACCAUAGAAGAUGAUGCUGCCCAACGUUACGAGAAAGAGAUCAUGGAGUUUGGAACCUCUUCUCCGUAUUUCACUGUUCUGGCAACACUCGCAUUGCUCAAUUUGUUUUGUUUGCUUGCAACUUUAAAGGACUUGGUCCUUGGAAAUGGUGCCUUUGAUGCUGAGAAAAUGGUACUGCAACUUCUCUUGUGCGUAGUAUUGGUUCUCAUCAAUUUUCCCCUAUACGAAGCCAUUUUUAUAAGGAAGGAUAAGGGUAGAUUGCCAACCUCUCUUUCUAUCAAGUCUACUACAUUGGCUUUCACUGCAUGCGUCUUCUUCAAACUGUUCAACUGA